AUGUACAACUACCUCAGUUAUACAAAGAAAAGACACACCUUUAUGAUCGAAAACAUAAAAAGCUUUGGGUUAAUUAGGGUCUCACAUAAGCCCUUGGUGAUGAGACAAGAUAGGAUUAAACCAAAGCUUCUCUAUAAUGAUAUGUACCUCUCACCUAACUUAAACCAAACAUGUACGUUAGCCCACUCACUAUCGAUCACACACCAUAUCAGAUGCUUCCGUAUUGGUAAAGUGUAUGUGAUUGAUCUCCUUUCAAGGAUUUCCCAUGUUAGUUAA